AGGUCCCGGUGUCCAUGAGCUUCUGUCAGUCAGGAGACCACGCCGUGCACAAUGAGCUCCUCUCGGGCACCCGGGAUGGGGCGUGUGGGAGGGCACGGGCUGAUGGCAUUGCUGCUGGCCAGUCUCAUUCUACCAGGAACCUUGGCCAAGAGCAUUGGGACCCUCUCAGACCCCUGUAAGGACCCCAGGAGGAUCACCUCCCCCAACGACCCUUGUCUCAUUGGAAAGGCCGGCUCCAAGAGCAUCAGCAGCCAAGGUGGAUCCAGCAGCUCCCAGGGAAGUUCUUUAGGAUCUGUGAUAUUCAAACCAGGAACAGGGUCGUCCCAGAUCAGCUUUUCCUCUGGGUCUGGCUCCUCCCAGUCAGGAAGCAGCGGAUCGCAGUCCGGAAGCAGCGGAUCGCAGUCCGGAAGCAGCAACUACCAUUCUGGAAGCAGCGGCUCUCAGACAGGAAGCAGCGGAUCGCAGUCCGGAAGCAGCGGAUCACAGUCAGGAAGCAGUGGGUCGCAGUCCGGAAGCAGCAACUACCAUUCUGGAAGCAGCGGCUCUCAGACAGGAAGCAGCAGCUCCCGAUGGGUAAGCAGCAGUUCCCACAGCAGCAGCUCUCAAUCCGGAAGCUCAGGAAGCAGCCGGGAGGGACCAGGGAACGGCUCUGCUCUACCGACCGAUGACAACUCUUCCAGGCAGUCAUCAGGCACCUUCCAGUCUGGAGGCUCUUACACUUCCCACAGCUCUGUGGUGUCUAGCAGCAUCUCCAACCAGAGGCCCUGUAGCUCCAACGUGCCCGACUCUCCCUGCAGUGGGGGGCCUGUCAUCACGCACUCGGGGCCCUACAUCUCCAGCUCCCACACCGUGUCCGGCGGGCAGAGGCCUGUGGUGGUGGUGGUGGAACAGCACGGCUCGGGUGGCCCCGGAGGGUUCCAAGGCAUGCCCUGCAGCAACGGUGGCCCAGCAGGCAAGCCCUGCCCUCCCAUCACCUCUGUCCAGAAACCCUACGGCGGCUACGAGGUGGUGGGGGGCUCCGCCGACAGCUACCUGGCCCCAGGCAUGACCUACAGCGGCGGUAAAAUCUACCCCGUGGGCUACUUCACCAAGGACAACCCCGUCAGGGGCUCGCCAGGGGCCCCCUCCUUUGCAGCUGGGCCCCCAGUCUCUGAGGGGAAGUACUUCUCCAGCAACCCCAUCAUCCCCAGCUACAGCUCUUCCAGUGCCAACGCCUACCCAUCCUCGGGCGUCGUGUUCCAGCCCGUGGGCACCGGCGGGGUCCAGCCCUGUGGCACGGGUUCUAAGGGGCCUUGCUCGGGAACGAGAAUCCAGAUCACCUCCAGCAGCUCCAGCACCUCCUUCCAACCCUGUGGCGGUGCUUCCCAGGGGCCCUGCUCCCCACCAGGCACCGGCUCCAUCGGCUCCAUCGGCGGGGGAAGCUCCUCCCUCUCCACCGGCAAAAUCGUCCUCCAGCCCUGCGGCAGCAAGUCUAGCUCUCCCGGCUACCCCUGCCUUUCUGUUUCCUCCUCCACGCUGAAUGGCUCUCCUCAGCUGGUCCCCUCCGUGGUGGCCAAGCCCUGUGGCCUCAACAGCCCUGGAAGGGUGCCCUGCCGUUCCAUCCGGGACAUUCUGGCCCAAGUGAAGCCUCUGGGGCCCCAGUUAGCAGAUCCUGAAGUUUUUCUGCCUCAGGGAGAGCCACUUGACAAGCCUUAAGUCACACACACACACACACACACACACACACACACACACACGCACGCACGCACGCACACACACACACACACACACACACACACACACACCCCGUUCCCCCUCUCCACCUCAGCCCUUGCCUGGUGACCACUCCAUCCGAAGCACAGAUGUUGUGCUGUGCGUGUGGACGGACCCCAGGGCAUCCGCAGAGCCUGGCACAGACUGCUGGCUCUCUCGGGAUCCUGGACAGGGCUCAAUAAACCUUGUGAACUUUGUGCAGA